CCAGGGCAUUUGCUGUCUUCUCUUUUAAAGAUUUAUUUGUAUGUGUGAGACAUUUUUUUCUUAAAGACCACAGAAAUACUUUCUUUCCGGUUUGAAGCAGUCCGAUUGUAAAUUGUUGUGGCCUGUUGAGGUUUUCAGACACCCUUCAGUCUCUGCAUAGGUGGAUUAUUUUCAUAAUUCUUCCUGACUCAGGGAUGCAGCUGAGCUUGUCCCUGAGCUUCUUUUUGUUUUUUUUUCCAAACACUGCCUGCUCCAGGGUUCUUUACCAGUGUAUCAAAUCAAAUGCCAUGGAUGGCGUGUUGGAAGGAGCGGUGGUGUUAUCUGCCUGUAAACUGGCCUGCAGUCUCUUCUUCCUGCCCUCUCUGGCUGCAACCCACAGUCCUGUCAGCUUUUGUUGCAGUUCCCUCUUGAUCUUCACAGACUUCCUGAUCACAGGUUUCCUGAGUUUCCUUUGGGCCUUGAAGUUCUGGCUGACCGAGCUGAACCCACCUGGUGACGUCAUCGCCUUGCGGUUCCUGCUUUUCCUCAGCCACACCUAUGGAGCGGUGCUGCUUCUAACCACGUUUCUGAUCUCUAUGGAGACCCUGAUCAGAGUGCUGUGGCCUGAUGUUGAAGCAGUUCCCAGUACUGUGGACGAUGAUGGGGAGGAGGAAGAGGACAGCAGCCAGCUGGAUAAAGGAGAGAGCCUGCCACAGGUGGUCGGAUUCUUCUGCUGCCUGUCUGUGUGGAUCGCCGUAGCCUUCAGUGUCAGGUGGCAUUGGGCGCUGGAGGAAGGAUGGACUGCUGCCUGUUUGGACACAGAUCACUCUCUUGUCAGAUGUCUGCCUAACCUCUUCAGUCCCAUGCACAGUGUGAUAAAUCCCCACUGGAGCUCCGCCUUCCUCAUCCUGCUUGGGCUCCUGCUGACCAUCAGCACAGGCCUGCAGAGAAGUAAACGGACCUCUGCAGAACCAAACAGAACCCAGGCGUAUUGGGACAGCUGGUGGCAGGCCUUGAACAAAGCCAUGCCUGCAUCUUUCAAGCCUGUGCAUCCAGAGGGGUUGAUGACAAAGUGUGUUGACAGAGACUUUGUCCUCACUUCCCAUGAAUGUUUGUCUGAAAAGGGGGAGAGACAGGACACCAAGAGGACACAGAAGCAAAUCCCCCUGCCUUUCAUCAUGGAGCAACAUUUAGAUUCCAAUGAAACAAGCCUCAGCCGGUGGCAACUGUGGGUUUUUUCAAACCUGGAGGAGAAAACACUGAUGGGGUUUUUUAGUGUGCUUUUCUUUUUCACUCUGCCCUUCUACCUUAGCGUAAAUAUUCUUCUGAUCAGGACUAUAGACACUCUGCUGCAGGGGUGCAUCAAGUCCUUACUUUCUGUUCUUGCCAAAAGCAGAAACACAUCAGCCUCUCGCCAAGUUACAGAGGUUUAAAAAAAAAAAAAAAGACUGAUGUUUGUUUCCACGGGACCAUGGAGAAUGGUAGUAAGCAGUUGGUUGUUUUACCUGUUAACACAGCUUUGACAGGACGGUAAACACACGCUCCCUGGCAGCUAUUCCUAUGUUGGUAAUAAUAUUUGAAAAGUGCAGAGAGGUGCUGAGGAGGCAGGUCGGGGCGUGCUUGCAGAGAGACUACACCUGGCACUUUUUAAACUGCUUCAGAGCAUCAGUUUCCUCUGAUGUUUAUGGUUACAGAAAACUGCAGCUUGGGUGAGAUUGAUCCAAUAGUAAACAAUGUCUUUAAAGGUUUAACAUAAAGUCUGCUGAUCCAACCUGAAAUAAAAAUCGAUUUAAUAAACACCAAGUGACUUCAAGGCAAACAGACUGUCUUAAUGCUGUGCAGUCAUUCAGAUAAAGAUUACAGAGGUGAGUCAGAAAUGGUUGCCUCGUUACAGCCAUAAACCUUGUUGUAUGAUAUUUGAUUGGAAUGUGGUAGACAACACAAAGUUGUAUAGAUGUACUGUAUGCAGUUAAUGAAAAGACUAGAUGGUUUUUAAUAAAAAAUAUGGCACAUUUAGCUCCCCAAAUCUGAUAUUUUCUAAUAAAAUCUGGUAAAAUCCUAAAAAUUAAUUGACUUUACGUAUAUCAAACUUUUCUAGACAUGUAGGAUAUUCAAAGAAAGCCAUAUUUACCCAAUAUUAUACAUUCUUUUACUAAUAAGCUGGCCCAAAGGCAGCUCAGGGUCAUCAGUUGUGUUUUUCAAUCAUAUGGCACUCCCUUCAGACAUGACAGCUCGAAAAUAUGAGAACAACCACAUUAUGUACAAUCAGUCAAACGUUUGUGCAACUUUUAACACAGUGUUUUUAGUAAAACAACAGAUAGUGGUGAGCUACAGUGCAGAGUAUUGCUAAGCAUGACUAUAAACAGGAAUUUGCAGCAGGCUUGGGAAAUUUGGAAAUAUUUUUGUCUUUUACAAUGAGGUAAAGCUUUGUAAGCUUCUAAUGGGUUGAAUUACAAUACAUGCAUAUAAUAAGAUACACAGACUACAUGUAAGAAAGCAAAGCUUUUUUACAGAAAGUUUGCAGCUGAGAGAAUUUUUUUAAUUU